CGGCAGCGCUGCGGCGUGACGUCACGCGUUGGUAACGUAACCCCUUUCAUCAGGGCUGCGGCGACAACAACAAGGAAGUGGUUGAGCGAGGAGGGUCGCCGCCGUUGCUAAAGCUAGCGAGUCGCCUGAACCUUUCGUAGUCGGGUGAACCGUCCUUCUUGUUCGUUCGUUUGCAACGCCGCCAUCAUGAACAGCAAAGGUCAAUACCCUACACAGCCUUCCUAUCCAGUUCAAUCUCCUGGUAAUCCGUCUGUGUUCCCACAGACCAUACCACUUUCUCAGGCUCCACCUUAUACUGAUGCCCCUCCUGCCUACUCAGAACUGUACCGCCCAAGUUUUGUACAUCCCGGAGCUGCCACUGUACCUACUAUGUCUGCAGCUUAUCCUGGUGCUUCACUGUACCUUCCUAUGGCUCAAUCUGUAGCUAUGGGGCCAAUGGGCUCUUCAGUUCCAGUGGCUUUUUAUCCUGUUGGCCCUGUCUAUCCUCCUGGGUCUACUCUACUUGUGGAAGGUGGCUUUGAUUCUGGAGCAAGGUUUGCAACUAGUGCUCCUGCUAAUAUCCCUCCUCCUCCUCCUGGCUGUCCUCCCAAUGCAGCCCAGCUGGCUGUCAUGCAGGGUGCCAAUGUGCUAGUGACGCAACGGAAGGGCAACUUCUUCAUGGGGGGCUCUGAUGGUGGCUACACCAUCUGGUGAAGGAAGAGGGGGGGCUACAUUGGUGUAAAGGGACGACAUCACAUACUGUCAGCACUUCUCACAAUGUAACCGCUUUAGUCGUAUUAACCUGGAGUUGCAAUUUAGACACAUGAUGAUGCGGGGUGUCUUCCUGGUGCCCUGACCCUUCAGGCACUUUUUCUUUAAAAAACAAAACAAAACAAAGCAAAUUUUAAAAUACAAAACCAUGCAAUGGUAGGAGUGCCUCUCUUAAACCUUGGGGGUUAAAUUGUGAAAUGAAUGUGAGCUAAGCUAUCAAAUUUCCCUUUAGUUCCACCGAGAGAGUGCUUUUCACUGCAGCUCUCUUUCUCUGUGUCUGGCUUUUAUUAAUCAACUAUAUAUAAAAAUGGGGUUGGGGUUG